AUGCGCGCCGGCAGCUGGUGUGGUCGCGGGAUGCUGGAGCGGCCGGCGCGGGGAAGGUAUGGCGCAAGCCGCGUGCCGUCGACGAUCGUCUUGGUGUCCCCUAUACGUGCUGCUCUUACUCGCGCUCCUCGCCACAGCUCUCCUCCUCGUGCCCUUCCUCGCGAACCGCAACAAUCAGGCGAGGGCGGGGGACGAGACGAGAACGAGAGCGAGGCAGAGUCGGGAGGAGAGGGAGUGAGAAGAGGAGAGGAAGAGAGGGGAGGAGAAGGAGAGAGGGGAGAAAGGGAGAAGGAGUCCGAAGCAUCGAAGGGCCGAGGGGUGGUAGGCAAGAAGAGGGGAGGGGCGAAGAAUCAGAGUGGGAAUGAGGAGCGGGAAGGGGAGGAGCGGGAAGGGGAGGAGCGGGAAGGGGAGGAGCGGGAGGGGGAGGAGCGGGAGGGGGAGGAGCGGGAGGGGGAGGAGCGGGAGGGGGAGGAGCGGGAGGGGGAGGAGCGGGAGCAAGAGGCGCGUCCAGUGUGGGCUGGUGACCAAGCAGCACGGCAACAGGUGCUCUCAAAGCCUCCCGGCAAGUGGCGCACGGCGCUCUGCCUGGUGGGCGGCGCGCGCGACUUCGAGCUCACCUGGCCGUCCAUCCUCACGCGCCUCCUCCCCGCACUCCCCUCGCCCUCCCUCUUCCUCCACUCGCCCCUCGACGAAAACGCCUUCAAGCUCUGGAGCGCCGUAUGGGCCAAGAAGAAGUGGCUGGCGGGCGUGCGAGUGUUCGCAAGCACGUGGGUGAACGGCACGGAGUACGGUGGGGGGACGGUGCUGCACGAUCAGUACUCCCCGCAGGGGGACCAGGGCAUGCUGCAGUACCUGCGCCUCGUCGAGGGCUGCGUGCCGCUCAUCCGCGCGUAUGAAACGAGGCAUGCAAUGCGGUUUGACUGGGUGGUUCGGUCACGCGUGGACACGUUUUGGGCGAAGCCUCCACCCGUGCUGAGGGGCUUUGAGGUGGACAAGUACACGAUCCCCUGGGGCACGGACUGCAUGGGGCUCAAUGACCGCUUUGGUGCCGGCACGUGGGAGACCUCCGCGCCUGCUCUGCACCGCCUCAGCAUGCUGCAUGACCUCGGCCGGCGCGGGUACAGGAACCUCAAUUCGGAGAGCGGGUUCAAGGCGCAGCUGGAAGUGGCGAACGUGUCCCUGGGGCGGGCGGACCUGCCCUUCUGUGUGAUGAGCCGCCGCGUGUAUCCGCACAGCAUGAUGCCCGUCGCUGCCCUCUCCUCCUCCGCGCCACUCAACGGCGCCAAGUGCCGGCCCUGCGUGCCCUCACACACUGGCUACGAGUCUGUCCACCGGCUGCAUUACUUUGCGCCCAUGUCACACAUCGGGCGGCCGCUGCGCAACCAGCGGUUGUACGGGCGAGGCAUCGACCUGUGCAAUGAGCGCAAGCCGUGGGGCAGCAACUGGACGGCCGUGUUUGACCAGACGGCGGCACGCCUAGAAGAAGCUGGGCGCCAUGCGCCGUGCCAUCAUGGCCGUCAAGGAGUGUGCCAGGAGCUUCGCCAAGGUGCAUUGCUGUCUCCUCCUCCUCCUCCUCCUCCUCCUCCUCCUCCUCCUCCUCCUCCUCCUCCUCCUCCUCCUCCUCCUCCUCCUCCUCCUCCUCCUCCUCCUCCUCCCCCUCCUCCUCCUCUUCCUCCUCCGACACCCCUCCCCCCCGGUCCCCCUAUUGCCGCUUUGUCAUCCCACAUCUGCAUCUGUCUCUCCUACCCGUUUCCGCUCCAAAUGACCCGAGUGGCGGAGGCAUGGCAGGGGCCAGCAGCGGAGGCGGUGUGUGUGCGCAUGAGCCUGGGCCCCAUGGUCAAGCUGGGCGACCACGGCCGCUCCUUCCCCACCGCCCUGCAACCCCUCAGCAACGCCAGCCAGGUGUUUGCGAUGAGUGAGGGAGUGGAGGACACGGCAUGGGAGGGCGCAAUGGAGGAGGUGGUGCCAGGCCUGUCAGUGCAACACCUGGACCACCUCCCUGCCUCGCCCACAUCCCCCAUGCAUAUACUCAAGCUGCCCCUCACUGGGGCGCACCUAGCAUCAGUGCAGCAGUGGGUAGUGAAACGCGCCCCUCCUCCCAUCUGCCAACUCCUGCUCGCAUUCCCUGGCGCUGCGGGUGGGGCAAGGCUGAGGGACAAGUAUGUGGUAGGGCUGGCCAAGAUAGGGUUCCACCUGGCAGAGUGUGUGCAGGAGGAUGACGCGCCCGUGGACCGCUGCUGCUUCUUCUCCUCUUCUCACUGCUUGUGA